AUGGCAGCUCCCACUCAGCUUGCUUACCGUACGGUCAAGGGCGUUGGCAUCUUGGAUGCCGCCCCAGUUUAUGAACCUUUGUCGGGGUUCGAAAGACCCGAAGGAAACCUUCGCUGUAGCGCUUACUCUCCCUGCGGCCGGUAUUUCGCAUGGGCAUCCCCAGAGAAGGUCACCAUCGUCGAUCCCUCUGUCGGACAUGUGGUCUCGACCAUCGCUGCUGAUAACGUUUUCGAGCUGGGAUUUUCGCCCCUCGGAACCUACCUGAUCACCUGGCAACGCUCUUCCAAGGAUGCCAACGGCGAUGCGGUCAAGAACCUGAAGGUCUGGCAGGUCGUGCAGUCGUCCGAGAACGGCGAUGUGGACACGCCUGUGGGCAAGUUCGUCCAGAAGUCGCAGACGGGCUGGAACCUUCAAUACACCUCCGACGAGCGUUACUGUGCCCGGGUCGUCACCAACGAAGUCCAGUUCUACCAGAGCGAGAACCUGUCUCAGGUCUGGAAUAAGUUGCGUGUGGAGGGGGUUGCGGACUUUGCCGUCGCUCCUGGCAAGAACCACUCUGUGGCCGUCUUCAUUCCUGAGCGCAAGGGUCAACCCGCCGCUGUCAAGGUCUUUUUGGUGCCUCAGUUUGGAGCCCCCGUCUCGCAGAAGACCUUCUUCAAGGGCGACAAGGUCCAGCUGAAGUGGAACGAGCAGGGUACCACCCUGAUCGUGCUUGCGCAGACGGACGUGGAUCGGUCGGGCAAGAGUUACUACGGCGAGACCACUCUCUACCUGCUCAGUGCUGGUGGUGGCUUCGACUCUCGUGUGGACUUGGAUAAAGAGGGACCUAUUCACGAUGUGACCUGGUCUCCCAACUCCAAGGAGUUCGGUGUGGUGUACGGCUACAUGCCCGCGAAGACCACCAUCUUCAACUUCCGUGGUGUGCCCAAGCACACCUUCGCUCUGGCCCCUCGAAACACCAUCCUUUUCUCGCCCCACGGACGGUUCGUGCUGGUGGCUGGUUUCGGCAACUUGGCCGGUCAGAUGGACAUCUACGACAUGGACAAGAACUUCCACAAGAUCGCCACCGUCGAAGCCUCCAACGCCAGUGUCUGCAACUGGUCCCCCGACGGUCAGUACAUCCUGACGGCCACCACCAGCCCUCGCCUCAGAGUCGACAAUGGCAUCCGUAUCUGGCAUGUCAGCGGUGCUUUGAUGUACAACGAGGACAUGAACGAGCUCUACGAUGUGUGCUGGCGCCCCCAGUCGCUGAUCCAGCACCCUCUCGGCGAUCCGUUCAGCCCGCUUCCGACCCCCCACCCCUCCGCCGUGGCGUACCUGAGCACCAAGAAGGCUCCGGUCAAGCCGGCCGGUGCGUACCGGCCUCCCGGUGCCCGCGGCCAGCUCACCCCUCUCGCCUUCAAGCGCGAGGAUCAGGGCGGCGCGGUCUUUGUUCGGGAUGGUGCCAGUGGCGGUGCUACCGUUCAUACCACGAACGGAUUUGGCCGGACGCGCAGACGUGAGGUGCCGGGUGCCGAGCCGGCCGAGGAAUUCCUUCCUCCGGGAGCCGCUCCUGGAGGUGGAGUCGCUCUGCCCCCUGGUGCCGACCAGCCGGAGAAGCUGUCCAAGUCCGCUGCGCGCAACAAGAAGAAGCGUGAAGCCAAGAAGCAGAAGGAUGGUGAAGACGAGCCGAGCCCGGACCGCCGCGGUGAGAAGGGUGACAACCGUUCCAAGGGCCAGAAUGAGCGCAAGAACGGCGGCCAGGCCAAUGGAGCUCAGGCACCCAAGGCCAAUGCCAAUGCCAACAAUGCUGCUGCUGCCGCUGCUGCUGCUGCCGCCGCCGCAGCAGCCGACGCGAGCGGUGUUCACUCCGCGCAGGACAAGAAGAUUCGCGGUCUUUUGAAGAAGAUCCGCGCGAUCGACGAGCUGAAAAUGCGCCUUGCCGGUGGAGAGAAGCUCGAGGAUACGCAGAUGAAGAAGAUCCAGACUGAGGAGUCGGUGCGCAAGGAGCUCGAAGGUCUGGGCUACAAUGGAUAG